AUGCAGGGGGCCAUUGAUGAAGUGCGGCAGGCAGGCUCUCUUAUGUAUAGGCAGGCAGCUGUCCAUUUUUGGUCCCCAAGUCCACCCCUGCGAGACCGAGUCAGUGGGAAAGUGGCCUCUGACAGCACCUAUGGUCAGAGGCCACUUCUCUCUGAGAAGAUGAGAUUUGCGCUGGUGGAGUACUGCCUUACUCCGCCAGCUUUGGAUUCCCACCUGACAAAGUCACAGGUGGUGACCCACGCUCUGGCAAUUUUUCAACCGGCGCCACCCACAAACACCAAAGGUGGCGCUGAGCCAGACGUGGUGGGUCAAACUUCAGGGAGAGACAAAACAACGGCUCACCACCAGGACCCCAGAUAUUAUUGA